UCACCCUUGCGCCCAACACAUGCCCAGUUCUUAGGUUGUGUAAAAACUGCAUAUGGGCCAACACUUACCCAACUACUUGGUCGACCAAGAAACCAUUUUCUCCCGUCGAUUAGAGUAGAGCCAUGGAUUUCAUGGAAGUCCAAUUCAGUUAUAUUUGCCCAAGAUUUAACAGAGCUUCAUGUGGGUCAUUUCCUAAGCCUCAGCUUCAUUUGAAAAUGGUCACCUGUCCUUCUCGCUCGCUGCUCGCGCCAUUUUGAAACAUAUCACUUUACAGCAUUCAAACGACAAACCAGGCUGUGGAACAAGUGAUUUGACAAAUGGUCUAGAGCUGUACCCACUACUUCAUCGGUAUUAAUUGGAUGAUUUUGGCUACCGAAAGCCCAGGAGAUUGAAUUUGAGAUUGCGAGGUCUAUUGCAGUCUGUGAUCUAUAGCCCACCUUGUGAGUCAUUAUGAGUGGCUGACUUCCUUCAAGGUUCUUGUAAAAACAGCAGUACAUAUCUUGACAGAUUGUUUGGCGUACUAAUAUUGGCGCCGUGAUGGGGUAGGGAGAAUAUGAAUGGUGACAUGCCCCUCUGGCAGUGAUGUGUAGAUAUUGACGAUAGAGCAACUUGAAUAUCAAAACAAUACUUUGAUACCUUAGUCGCCUUGUCUUCCAAAUGCUGGUUUCAAAACUAGCAACAUUGUUGAAUAACUCUCUGACAGUCAAUCCUGCAAAGCAAAUCCAUGCUCUAAUACUCAUUGCUGGUCUUAAUCACCUUGAGCCACUAUUGGUCCGUCAAAUCCUCAUCGCUGCAAACAAUUACUGUCUGAGUAUUACUCAGUAUGUUCAAUUAAUCCUCCAACAUAUGCAAAAUCCAGAUGUUUUCUCAAUGGCAUGCACCAUUAGGUUUUUCUCCCUACACGGCCAGUUUAGAGAGGCUUUUGCUUUAUAUGUACAAGUCCAGAGAUUGGGACUCUGUCCGACUACAUUUGCUGUAUCCUCUGCUCUAAAGGCAUGUGCCAGGAUCGUGCAUACGGUGGGUGGGAUAUCAGUUCAUGCUCAAACUCAAAAAUAUGGUUUUCGUGGGGUUGUUUAUGUGCAGACAGCUCUUGUGGAUUUCUAUUCAAAACUUGGUCAUAUGGAGACAGCACGUAAGGUCUUUGAUGAGACAGUUGGAAAAAACGUGGUUUCAUGGAAUUCGCUAUUAGCUGGUUAUUUGAGAUCUGGGGAUUUAGCCAUGGCUCAGAGUGUUUUUGAUGAGAUGCCGGAGAAAGAUGUAAUAUCUUGGAACUCAAUGGUUUCAGGGUAUGGGAGGAAAGGGGAUAUGGAUCAGGCUUACUGUUUGUUUCAGCAGAUGCCAGAGAGAAAUACAGCUUCCUGGAAUGUGAUGAUUAGUGGGUAUGUAGAUUGUGGGAAGAUAGAAAUUGCGCGGGGCUUUUUUAAGUCAAUGCCGCAAAGCAACAAUGUUUCUUGUAUUACAAUGAUUGCUGGGUAUUCGAAAUGCGGGGAUAUUGAGUCUGCUCGUGAGAUCUUUGAUCACGUGGGUGUGAAAGACCUACUCAUGUAUAAUGCCAUGAUUGCUUGUUAUUCACAAAAUAGCCGAGCAAAGGAGGCAGUUCAGCUAUUUGACGAAAUGCUUCAACCAAAUGUGAAUAUUCAGCCAGACAAAAUGACAUUGACUAGUGUUAUUUCUGCUUGUUCCCAAUUGGGAGAUUUGAGAUUGGGGUCUUGGAUCGAGUCAUACAUUAAUCAACUCGGAAUUGGAAUAGAUGAUCAUUUGGCCACUGCAGUGAUCGACUUGUAUGUGAAGUCUGGAAGUAUUGAUAAGGCUUAUGAGUUAUUUUAUGGCUUGCAAAAGAAGGAUUUGGUUGCUUAUACAGCAAUGAUUUUGGGAUGUGGCAUAAAUGGUAGGGCAAAUGAUGCCAUCAAGUUGUUUGAGCAAAUGAUUGAUGCUGAGAUUCGCCCAAAUUUAGUUACCUUGACAGGGAUAUUAACUGCCUAUAAUCAUGUCGGUUUGGUUGAAGAAGGGUAUCACUGCUUUACCUCCAUGAGGAAGCAUGGACUUAUCCCCAACGCCGAUCAUUACGGAAUCAUGGUUGAUCUGUUAGGUAGGGCAGGACGGUUAGAAGAAGCACACGAGUUGAUAAAGAGCAUGCCAAUGCAACCUCAUGCUGGGGUUUGGGGAGCAUUACUUCUUGCUUGCAGUUUACACAAAAAUGUUGAGCUUGGUGAGAUUGCAGCUGAACAUUGCUUUGAGUUGGAGCCUGAUACUGCUGGUUAUCGUUCUCUUCUUUUCAAUAUUUAUGCCUCUUCUGGGAAGUGGGAUGAUGCCAAGAGACUGAGAAAGGCUAUUGAGGGGACGGGCAUGACCAAGAUACCAGGUUGUAGUUGGAUGGAACAUAGUUGACCAAAACUUAAAUUUCAAUUUUUGCAAGCUCAGAAGCCAUAGACUUCAAUGUUUGCUUGGUUGGGUCAAAGCUCUGUAUGCCUUGUCUUCAUGGAGGCAAGUGCUCUCCGUUUUAUCUCACUUGCCUGAAAGAAAUCAAUGAGCUUUCUAUGUUUGAGUUCAUGUUGAAUGCACUUUUGGUGCCUUCUGAGGAGCCAGUGAGUUCUCCAUUUUCUAAUUAUUGUUUUCACUAUAUUUGAAAAUUUUCCAGUUAGACCAGGUGAAGUUUAGUAACCACACUGGAUCCUCUCUGACACUAAUUAUUGUACAGAAACUGUGCAUAAUACAAUAGCCCAUGUACUAAGCCUCUUAUUCUCUGCUGCCAAUCACAAUGGAAAAGAUUACAAUAUGUGAUACUUGAAUCAGCAUUUCCUUAGUCUAAACUUAA